AUGAGCCAUGCGCGCCGAGCGCUGACGGCUUCGCACCCGCUGCUGAGCGAAGGGGGGUGGGAAGGCGAUGUGCCCAAGGCACAAGAGGGUGCGAGUAAAGAUGCUUUUCUGGAAGGGAGGAGCGAGGAAAGCGAGGAUGCGGCGCUAGGCGUCCUCGAGUCGAUCUUGGGCGACGAUGCCAAGGCAUGGCGUGUGCUCCGCACCCUGCCGCACGCAGAAGAAGACGCUCGCGAGGCGGUGGAUACUCUUGCGAAGAUCGUUUAUGCACUGGUAGAACAGGUGCAAGGUCCGCGCGCGCCAAGCGCCGACCACCUUCCGACAUCACUCCAAGAAGCGAUGCGCGACGAAUGGGAUCUGGGCCAGGGCACCAGCGCGCAAUCUUCGCCGAAGGUCGACAGCCUUGCCUCGGAGCCGAUUGAGCAGGAUGCCGUGGCGUGGCUCGCUUCUUUGGCCAACCAACAUACACUCGAUACGUCGACGACCAACACGACCCAGUCGGCGCCGAUCGAGGACGAGGCGCCAGUAUCUGACGACGAGUCGCUCGCGUCGUCCGAAUCGGCGCUCCCGUUUGCGCCGGUCGUCGAGCUUGCGCACAUGGUGCCUGCGUCCGCGCGGCCGCCGCCGCAGCUGCCCAGACAGGACGACCUUCAAGUGGACCGCUACGGUUUUGUCUACGAAGCUGAAACGGGCACGGCGAUGCCCGACCUCGACGCGUACGACGCGAACCAAGCCGACCGCAAGAAUGUGUGGGACGAGUACCUUGCACAGCACACAGCCGGCGCCGACGACCACUGGCAAGCGCUCUUUCUGUACUUGCGCCGCCUCGACCAAAGCACCGCGUCAGGACGGCAUGCAUGGCGCCAGUUCCAGCGGCUGUGCCACGACGGCAUCCCGAUGCUCUACCGCCCUGCGGUAUGGAGCAACUGCGUGCGUGCCCACGAGCUCGCCGAGCCGGGGCGCUACUCCGAGCUGGUGGAAAGCGCGUCGCACGCCACGCUUGACCGCCAGAUUUGCCUCGACGUGCGACGCACCAUGCCGACAAACCUCUUUUUCGGCGGCCAAGGCCCUGGUGUUAGAAAGCUGCAGCGCCUCCUCGAGGCGCACAGCAUGUACAAGCCGACGCAAGGCUACUGCCAAGGGAUGAACAAUCUCGCGGCGAUCCUUCUCCUUACCUAUACCCACGAAGAGGACGCGUUCUGGGCAAUGGCUGGCCUCAUCGAGACGACGCUGCCGCCAAACUUUUACGCGUCCGACAUGCUCGUGCCCCGUGCGGACCAACGUGUGCUACUGAGUUAUGUACGCAGUGGCCUGCCUCGUGUCUAUGCGCAUGUCCAGGCGCUGCAUGUCGAGCUCGCGGCGGUGACCUAUGCGUGGUUCCUGUCGCUGUUCACCGCGUGUCUGCCUACCGCGACGCUCUUUCGUGUGUGGGACAUGCUGCUCGUGGACGGCAGCACGGCGCUCUUUCGCGUCGCCUAUGCCAUUCUCGCGCGUGCGGCGCCCGCUCUGCUCGCCGCGGCCUCGGCCUCGGCCGUAUACGACGUGCUGCGCGAGACGGCCGCGCAUGCAACCGAUGCCGAGGCGCUUGUGCAGGCCUGUGUUGGCCUGCGCGCCUCGAUUCGUGCGGCAGACAUUGCGAGCCGCCGCACGCGAAUCCUCACUCGUACGUCACCUAUUUGA